AUGGCGGCCACAGAUAGUGAUUCCAUGCAUGAUAGCAUGACCAGAUUACGUAUGAAGAUGGUCCAGCAGAAAAUAGCAAAUGAGAGAGAUAAAUUAGAUCAAAGACCGGAUACAGUUUCAACCGAUCACGAUGUAGAACAUCAGUUAAAACUUCAACAUGCAGUUUUUAGACGUCAAGAACUACUAGAUAGAAUUAGGCAAGAACAAUUAAAUCGUCCACGUACAGAAAGUCCUCGUAGAAGAUUUACCCCAUCACCUAUUUUAUUACCUCCUCCUACACGACGAUCUCUACCAGAUAUCAGUCGUAGUAUAGUAAUUAAAGAUAAUAGGGGGACAAACAAUAUGUCCCAAGUGAAACACGUGAUAGAGCACAGAGGUCAAGAUUCCUUCAGGCCCUAUUAUUUACCCCCAAUUCAGCAACCGUUUUUUCCUUCACAAAUACCUGCCGCAAUGGCUCCCCCACCACAGGUGAUACAACAGCCUGCUCCACAGGUGAUACAACAAGCACCACCACAGAUAAUACAACAAGCACCACCUAUAGUACAUGCUCCACCACCAAUAGUUCAAUCAAUGCCAGCAAUGCCAGCAGUCCAUACGAGUCCUAUAAUAAAUCAUCAUGUAGAACCUCUCCACCACAGUCAUUGUGGUAGUCCUAAUAAAUGGUUCAAUAAAGGAGAUUUUAUGGAUAUGAUGAUGAUGCAGAAUGCACAGAUGCACCACAUGGCAAUGCAACAGUUAAUGAUAAAAAGUUUAGGUGGAGCACCAGGUGGCUCGGAACGAGUUCAACAUCAUCAUUAUCCUCAAACAGCACCAGCUGCACCACAGAUGUACCAUCAUUCCUUACCGCAGAUGGGUUUCGGAAUGGACAUGGGCGGCUAUGGACGAGGUGAGUACUACUAGUAAUAAAAACGGAUUGGUCUCGUAGUAAUUACAAUGUAAGAGGAGGAGGAGGUGGUAGUGGAAGUGCUGUUUAUUAUGAUGAUGGAUCAAAUUAUUAUGUUUAUCAUUGAUCAACAUCAUAACCAUAGUGAUAUAAACAAUCAUGUUACCAUAACAACCUGAAUUACUAUUAGAGACCAGUAAUUUUGAAGAAUGGACUACAAUAAAAUGGAAUGAAUAUAACACCUAUUUUUAGAGGUGUAUUAAAGUUGUAAUGUUAAAUGUUGUGCCAAGCUUAAUUUAUUGUUUCCAUCCUAAUAACAUCCAAUUUAUGUGAUAAAAUCUUACUAGUGUAUUACAAUCUCGUCAAACUGUAAAAUAGAGUUAUUAUUUUUUAAAUUAUUAUUUUAAUCUUAAUUAUUUUGUAAUAUAUAAAUUUUAAAUCUUUAUAAAUAUCCAUUUUUGGGGGGUACUAUUCUAAAUUCCGGGAAUUAUAAAUUGAUCAUUUUAAAGAAAAACAAUCUGUUGCCUAUGUAGUGUCUUUAGUGCAAUAGUUUUCUUAGUUUCUUUACACUAUCAACUGUAUAAGUCAAUAUUUCACUCUAUAACAAAAUUUGUAUUUAAAAUUGAAUAAAGGUUUGUAUGGCAUUUUAUAUUUUGGCAUAAACUUCUCUCAAAUUCCAAUCCUUCAAGCUAUCUGUGAUAUUUAGGUUUCUUUUCAUUAUUGUAUAUAUUACACUUAUUAUUUUCUUAUAUUUAUAAUAAAAUAUUGUUUAUAUAAACAAU